GAGGGAAUCUCUCUGGGAUUGAGGACUGAUACGUCAGGUUGCUUCUUACUCUCUGGAUCACGAAUCUGCAACAGAGUGUCUGGGACAAAGCGAGCGAGGCAGAGAUCCGCAACAUCAUCUACUCGGAGAGUGAAAACAUCAGCCACAGCGCGGUAGCCCCGGAGGAACAUGGCAUUUGCAGGGAUGUUGAGUGAUGAGGACAUCAAAGCUGCGGUCCAGGCUUGUCAAGCUCCGGGCACAUUUGACUUCAAGUUGUUCUUUGCACAAGUGGGACUGACCGGCCUGUCUGAGGCAGACAGGAAAAAAGUGUUUACCGUCCUGGACCAAGACAAGAGCGGAUUCAUCGAGGAGGAGGAGCUGAAAUUGUUCCUGCAGAACUUCUGUCCAGCUGCCAGGGAGCUGACUGCGGCCGAAACAAAGGCUCUGAUGGCAGCCGGGGAUAAAGACAGUGACGGCAAAAUUGGGAUAGACGAGUUCUGUGAUCUUUUGAACUGAAGAAAUAAAUACACGAGACCAAAUCCCUGUGCCCCUUUUCUGAGUAAUGAAUUUCUCCGUGGGAUUCUUUGUUCUCCAUAUUGACUGAUAAAAAUAAAUAAAUAAAAAGUCCCAAAUUCUGUACCUGCCUGCUGAUUUCCUAUUCGAUGUGUUAACACAUAAAAACUUAAGGAAAAAUGGGCCAAAACCAGAUGUGUGCAGUUAAUCAACCUGGUCUUCUGAAUGGAAUAAUAAAUGGAUUUCAGGUUAUAA